CAAAAAGAAAAAUGAGAUGGCUUUAAAAGAUGUACCGAUGCAUUCGCCUGCACCGUCAGAUCAAUUGGCAGCCUAUUAUUCUCUUAUACUCAUCGGAUGCUUCUUACAUAUUGUAUUAUUCUUCUUAGGAUUAUUUCAUAGGAUAAAGAACAAGAAUAUGCUUCUUUUACUUAACUUCCAUUUUUUGUUUGCACUCACAUUAUGGUUCGAUUCAAUAUUAUUAUGGACAGGACAUGCACAUAGUUUUACAGAUGAGAUACCGAAAGGCAUACGAGCGGUUAACGUCGCUUUCCGAUUAGCCGGUAUGAUACAGAACGCAUCAAGCAGCUGGAUGAUAGCUUUACAAAUGUUAAUAAGUAUAAAUGUCGUUAAUUUUUCAACGCUAGGACAUUAUACGAAUUACAUUAGUAUCCCAAUGCUCGUUGGAUUCCCUUGGAUAAUAGGAAUACCAUUCUUUGUCUCCCAUUUGUAUCAAGCGUUGGAGGAUCCCGAAAACACCUAUAGAACACCUUUCUUCGCUGAUCAAACUGAUACUUAUCUCACAAGGGUUUCUAUAAUAACGACUUUGGUCUUGAUGAUACUACUCCUAAUAACUGUUAUUUGUGUUGGAUAUCUUCUACUGAAAUUGCGGCUCUCGCAGCGAAAUUUGGUCAAAGUCAGUUGGUUCGUACAUCUUCAAUUAGCAAGUAGAGUUCUGUUCUUUAGCUACUACUCUAUAACGGUUAUAAUCGUCUUAUCAUUAACCGUCAACUUCAAUGACUUCGAACCCGCCAAACAGAUUGUCUUCGCGACUAGUGGUUUGGCAGCUGCGAUUGUCUUCCUCGUUGAGAAUGAAAACAUCAACCUAAUGUUUAAGAUUUUAAGGACCAUUAAACGACGUUGUUGUGAUGAAGACGAUACUACUUGCGAUAGUUCACAGACACAAAAAAUGGCGCCUGAUAUCAGACUAGAAGAAUACAACCUCUCAGAUUCUUCACCUAGUUCCCCACCAUUGAAGUCAAACAGUAACAUCCACAACAUAGAAUUUGUCGAAACACCUAGCCUAGCUAGUACUUGAUAACUCUCCGUCUAUAUCAUUAGUAAGAAUUGUAACAGUAAUAAAUAUUCAUUUGUAUUAUUACGAUCUAAGAACUACGUUUGAAGACUUUUUUGAGGUGUU